CUUUUAUUUAAUCUUCAUAACUUUCUUUAUUCCGAUUGAUUGAUUUAUGGUUUACAUUGAUCCAUCGCAAAGAUCAUAUAAAUCAGUGUUGUUUUCUUUUCGUUUUGUGUGUGUAUCUCUGUGUGUGUGUGUGUGUGUGUGUGUGUACUUGUUUGUUUUCGUUUUUUUUUAAUUUUUCUUUUUUUUCUUUUUUUUCGAUCUUACGAAUCAACAUCGUCGUGAAAAGAUAGUGAAAUGAAGUGCGGAAGAAAAUAAGGGAUUCUGCUUAUCAUUUUUUUUUUAUAUCUCUUCCUCUUUCUCUCUCUCUCUCUCUCUCUCUCUUCCUCCCUCCCUCUCUUUCUCUUUCUCUCUCCCUCUCUAUGUCUUCACGAAUUAUCGCUAAAGUUUGCACUGGGAGUCCAUGGUCUUUAAUGGAUUUACGAUAUAUCUCUGUGCACUAUUGUCUUCCUUGUGUGACUUUCCUGGACGAACUUUAUUAUUUCUAAUCGAAUCAACGUAUAUCUCUUCUGCAUCAGAGAUCCACGGAGCAGCUGACACGGUGCAGUACAACCUCGUUGGAAGAAGGAACGCGAAGUGAUAAGGUGGAUAACGUAGAGAAUAAACAAACGAUACCCAAGAUCAUGAGCGUUUGUAAGAAUACGAUACGUUGGGCACUCCUGAUUGAUAUCCUGAUAGCAUUAACAGUGAUGGUGCUUAUGGGAUUAUUGGAAUUUGGAAAUGUUCCGCACAAUCAAAUUGGCUUUUUCUGCAAUGAUCCAAAACUUUCCUUUAAAUUUAGGGGAGAUACCAUAUCCGUUAUUGUCUUACUCAGUGUCACCGCUUUUCUGCCGAUUUUUGUAAUGUGGAUCACAGAAUACACAUGCCAAACAAGAAAUAAUUACGAUAAAGAAACGGAAUCUAAUAAGUCAAGAUUAAAACAAGUUUGGAUUUGGUAUGGCCAUUAUACAAUAGGGAGUGUCACACUGGCUGUUGGAUGUAACAUUAUGAAAAUUAUCAUUGGAGAACCAAGGCCACAUUUCUUUGAUACGUGUCAACCUUUAGAAGCUCGAAAUUGCACUAAUGAAUAUAUCAAGUCGUAUACUUGCACGAAUUCGAUUGAUUCGGAUUGGUUCAUAACAGAUUCUAGUAAAUCAUUUCCAUCGUCUCACUCGGCUCUUUCUGUGUUCACAUCGAUUUUUAUUGCGAGUUAUCUGCAAGAACGCAUGACGAACAAAACGUUACUCGUUAAGCCAUGGCUUCAAUUAUUGAUAUCAAUGUGGGCAGUAAUAUGUUCCUUAAGUAGAAUAGCAGACAACAGACACCAUUGGUGGGACGUUUUGGCCGGUUUAUUUAUAGGAACGAUCACUGCCAUUCUAAUCUUGAUAUAUCAAUGUCGCUUGUUUCGUUUGGAUAGAAAAACAUCAUCGAAACGAGUUAAAAGUGAUUUCAUUGGUAACGAGCAAGUUGCUUGUUUCGAUGAAAAAAAUUAUCAAAGUAAGAAGAAAUUAGUGAAUAGUGCUAACAACGUCGACAUUCCCGAAGGCCGUGAAUUACGUGAUAUUACGGUAUCUUGGAAAGAAUGAUAAUAAUAAACGAAGAAGAACGAGAAUGUGUCAAAUUGUGUGUUAGAUACAAAUCGGAAGAAAAGUAGAACAUUGGAUUAUAUAUAUAUAUAUAUAAUUUUUUUUUUUUUUUUUUUAUAAACCAUAUCAAAUUUUUAAAUAAUUUACUAAUUAAUUACUCGUAAAUGAACUAUUCACAAUGAAAAAAGGGGAAUGUAUUUGAUGAUCCAAGAGCAUCCCCAGAAUAAGAUAUCUUUAUCGAAACGCAAUGCAAGUACCUUUUUAGUCAUAGAUUAUAUAUAUAUAGGUAUAGUUUUGGCUUCAUUUAUAACAUAUAAUACUUUAUGUGAACGACAUUUUUAAAUUGUAAAAUGAGCAAGUGCCAUUUAUAGUGCUGCGAUUAACAAAUAUUCUUUUUCUCUUUCAUUUUUUUUUUCUUUUUUUUUUUUUUUUUCAUAGAGAGACCAACAAUGUCGAUCGAGGAAAGUUAACAUCGAUUGAUCGUCAAUGGAUAUCCAUGUGAGUCGUGGUUAUUUUUUUUUUUUUUUUCUUUUUUUUGCCCUUUUAGAAAUAACUAACUAAUCUAUCGUGUGCCGUCCCUUCCUGUAAGGAUGAUAAAUUUUCACGUUUUUAUAGUUAACCGAUAAGAUAUAUAUAUAUAUAUAUAUGUAUAUGUAUAUGUAUAUGUAUAUGUAUAUGUAUGUAUAUAUAUAUAUAUAUAUAUAAUACAUUUGAAAAACGUUCGUGCGCCUCCGUCAGUCAUAUGUAAUAUAUCAUCUUUUAAUACACAUCGAUAAAGAGUAUUUUUCCAUAUAGAUUUUGUAGGGAUAUAUUUCUGUCGUUAACUGAUAAAUCGCUCAAUUGUGUAUAUUAUUUUUUUAUCCUAAAGUAUUCCAAUAUAUAGGUAUAUAGGUAUAUAGGUAUAUAAGAGGUAAUAUGGUUGUAGAUAGAAAUAAUUUUUUGGAAUGCUUAACUUGAAAAAAGAUAUAACUAAAGACAGAGAAAACCCUUCGUCGUAGGAUAUCAUUAUUAAAAUCAUUCGAAUAUAAAUUAUUAUAAUAGAUAAGAGAAUUUUACUUGUGUAAAAUAACGAUAAAUACGUGUAAAAAUAUUUAGAUGAUACAAUAGAUAAAUAUUUUGUUAUUGUUAUUGUUGUUGAUUGCUUGAUUAUGUUCCUUUUGAGUAUUAACUUAAAUGAAAAUCUAUUAAAUAAAAAUGAUAUCACGUCUCGUUGAGUCACAUUUACUGAGUAACUUUAAUUUAUCUGUAAUAUAAUAAAAGAAAUCAAUUAGAUCGAUAUGUGUGUAUUUAAAGAGAAAUAGAAAGAAAAAAAAAGAAAAAAGAAAAAAAAGACGAAAAAAAAAAGGAAAAGAAAAAUAAUCAUUUAAAGUAACAUUCCAAUUGUAGAGCAGCUUUUACGUAUAUUUAACAUUUAUUCGUAUAUAUACUAUUUCAAAGCAGAUUUUGCAUGCGAGAGUUUUAACAAAAAAAAAAAAAAAAAAAAAAAAAAAAAAAAAAAAAAAAAAAAAAAAAAAAAAAAACAAAACAAAAAAAAGCAAAAAGAAAUGAAAAAAGGAAAAACUAAAAAAAUCUAAUUUUUCUAUCAAUUUUAUGUCAUCACAAAGGUCUGAGAGAAUAAAUGAUGAAAUGUUUUCAAAAUAUAUUUCGUAUAUAUAGUGCAUAUAUUCGUAUUGGAGCUAAAAUAUUAUAUUAUAGGACCAAUUAGAAUGUAAUAAAUAUUAUGAAACACAGAUAUUAUAAUAAAAAAUGUAACAGCGCCGUCCUAAUAAUUAACUUUUUCAAUUGGUGCUUCUGCUAUAUUACAUAGAUAAAAAAAUAAAAACCCGAGAGAACACGUAACAUUAGAAAAAAAAAAA